CUUAUCCUUGUCCCCCUCCGUCUCCCCCUCGCCAUCGCCGUCGCCAUCGCUGUCGCCUCCCUCCCCCCCUCCUCGCGCCAAGCUUCCUCGCGACGCGAUCCGCUCGCGUGGCCCGUGCGACUCUUCCCCUCCUCCUCCUCCCACCCUCCCCCUCCACUCUCCACACCUCCUCCGCCUUGCCAUGGACGCGCCACGCCGCCGCAAUCCAAGCGGCAGCACCGCCGCGCGUCCAGGCUCCCGCUCUUCACGCCGCAUUCUUAGCGGCGGCGCACCCGUAGAGCUAGGCGGCGGCGUAGGCAUCCUCGGUCUCAUGAACGACGAACAACCACCUUCGCCCACAAACGCGACGCCGCAAUACUCGUAUAAUCUUUACGCAAACUUGCCCAUCGCGUCCUCGGCAGGCUCAGGCUCUUCGACGCGUCAAGUGACCUCGCAAUCACGAGCAGGUCCAGUGCACAACCCCACCCCAUCAACUGCAUCCACUGCUUCAGCGUCAGCAUCCUCCCCUACUCUCUCCAGCUCGCCCGUCUCGCCCCUCCCCAGUUUUGGCACGUGGAGCGUUGGCCCGUCGGCGUCUGGUGCUACUACGCGCACAGAGAACGCGUCCAACACUGGCACCAUCUCGAGCCUCGCGUCCACGUCGUCCUCUGCAUCCACAUCGCGCCGCGGCCCCGCUACAUCCUCUGGCAACAACGCCCGACGCGUCGACGACGGCUCCUCGGACGACUCUACGGACAAAGUACGCGCCGACCCACCCAAACCAUUACCCGCGAUGGCCCAGGGCGCGUUACCAGCGCCGCCAGGCGUGCUGGCCUCGGGAUCCGAGUCGUCGUCGUUGAAAGCCGCAAAGAAGGGCAAGAACGGCAACGUCCCUGCGCCCAUACGCACGGAUCGUAGCAACGCCGGUCCGAGCAACAGCGGCAAGGGGGGACGGUACGAUGACUUUGGAGACAUUGUCAGCAACUUUCAACCACGACGUAACGCUCCCCCUCCCCCGUCCCAAUCACAGACCACAAGUCGCGAUCCUCCUACCAAGAAGAAGGUGCCCUCACGCGUCGAGACGGGCGAGACUUCGAAACAACCCUCCAUCCCACACUACCACCACCAGCGCUCUGUUACUGACCCCAUGCAGCCGCCCAGCUCCAUACAGUCGGUAGACUAUCUGCGAACAGUUCCAGAACAACGGAGGACGGCCUCGGGCAUGAGCGACGGAAGGAGGACGCCGAACUCUGAGAAUGCUGCGCGAAGAGCGGGAGGCGAUGACAAUCCUCGCCCACGCAACGUCACAGCGCCUACCCAGCCCACCAUCAAGACGCGCAAGUCGUCGGAUCUGCUUCGGCGCCCAUCAGCCGAACUGUUGGGCAUGUUCCGGCCUGAUUCCGAAAGAGCGUCGCGGGAAAGAGAUGCUAAAGACGCAAAAGCCGCAGCCCAGAGAGCAUUAGGCGUCGACAGCGACAACCGGAAGGGGCCAGCAAUCACGCUCAAGAAGAGCUCUGGUGCUCUCCGCAAUCUGUUCCGCAGCAAGCCAAAGGAACCACCGCCCGAAACGCCCAAUUUGCCCAGGACGAGCUUCGCGCUUGGCGACUUGGUGCGACCAAAGCCAAAUGUCUCGAGCGGCACAUCGACACCGAUAUCUGUCUCGGCGCCAUAUCAGCCAGACGGCCAGCGUUCGUCGCUUCACGAGCGCCAGGCGCCGUCAAUAACCUCGAGCUCUGGCGACUCUUCGAUUAGAGGGAAGAAGAAGUCCACAACGAGCGACCGCGACCUCCCGCAAUUGCCGCCGUCGGAUUCGGGCCCAUCAUCGAAGCCAGCAGGGAAUGCAAAGAAGCCGUCAUCGCCCGUGUUGUCCAAGUUCUCGCCUAAGCUGCCAUCGCCCAAGGCUGCUAGACGCGUUGCGCCGCCUUCACCGACUGAGGCCAAAGGCGCACGACUGCCUGCCGCGGCAGGGGCAACGCUUUCGCCUCCAUCUGCAAAGUCGGGUGGGGGCCUGUCUGCCUCACAGAUUGACCCAUUGCGGUAUUCGAAGCUACCACCGCGGGGCGCGUCCAAGGACACGAUCUCUGACGCCGCCAACAGCGCCACCAGCCCUGCAGGCUCGGACACUGGAUCUACGUCCACAGUGCGCCAACUCGCGGACGAGGAGGGGCGGUCGUCUUACGACAGCUUGGCGGAGGACGCUCAGGAGUGGAAACCCGCGCUCAAGUCCUCGAGUUCGCUGCAUCUGUUGCAACUACCCGAGCUCGACCUCGCGCUCGACUUCUCCUUUGAUGGCUUCGGGGCAAGCUCGUCAUCUCCGAAGGGCUCAUCGCCCCGUGGCAGCCAGCCCGGCACACCUGGGUCUCGCUCGCGCUCCGCGAGCGGCACGCUCUUAGCAUCGCCGGCGUCGAAGACUGCCCGUGCCGAGAGACGCAGAUCCAAGUCGUUUGACGCAGCUGCGGCCGGUGGCGACGAUGUGUGGCAGCCGCUCGACUUUGACAAGCCGUGGACGGGCAACAAACUAUUCGCAACCUCCACGAGCUCUGCUUCGGCACCCAAAUUGACGACCACUAGGGCAUCGCCGGACGCCAAUACCACGAGCAGAGGCACGACCCACUCGGGGCUGUCUGGCAAGUCGGCCGGCACGACCGGGACAGGCACAUCGCAGGAUACCGACUCGCUCUCAACUCACGGCUCGUCGUUUGACCACUCACGCACGCCGUCCGGCGGGAGCAGCACGAACGAGACGAGCUCGCCCUCGCCGCCUCGGACGCCAGAGGAUGCGCAUUCGGCGUUCCUCGCGACGGGCGGCGACGGCAAGGUGCAGCGGACUUCCCUCGACCCGCCAAUCUCGCUCGAAGUACCGGAAACGAGCUUGGGCAAGAGCCUGCUGGCGUACGAUCGCCCAUACUCGACUGAAGUGAAUGCGACUCCAUCAUCUUCCUCCCAAGCUACCCCGACCAGGAUGGUGGACUUGGAGACGCCACGAGCUGAGACCGGGUCUGCAGUCUCGCCCUCCGAAGUACCCACACCCAAGGCUGAGACGCCCACGCCGACUCCAACGCCAAGCACGUCUGCCCUAAUGCUGGUGGAGAAGGCACUGCCCAAGGCGGAACCCCGCACGCCGGAGCGAGCGCCUGUGCGCGCGCCCGAGCCGGAGGCGGCGCCUAAGAAGUCGAGGGCUCGUCUCAUCCACGACAACCCCGCCAGGCCACCGCGCGAGCUCGAGGAGCCCAAGGAGCCGGAGCAGAUCCCGCCGUCCAAGGCGCCAUUCCGCUGCCGCCCAACGCAUAGAACACUGCUCGCGGACGCAAAGCCUGUCCUGCCUGACCCCAAGCUGUCGAUUCGCGACCUGACCCAAGACCUCAUCCGUGCCCUCGACAACUUCCGCUACCCGACGCAGACCGGCAGCGGGCCUGAACGCUCUGGCAUCAUUCGCAACAAGCUCUUGAUGCUUGUCCAGGAAGUCGACCGGCGCUGCUAUUCCCGUCAUGAGGAGGCAGCGUAUCGCGACCUUCGCGAGGUGUGUUUCGACUGGGCUGACUCGCUCCUGUUCGAGCUACGUGUUGAGCAGCCGGCCAACGAGCGCGGCGCUUGCUUGGAGGGCCUCGCGGCCGUGCUUGAGAGCCAGUGCCUCGCCGCGGAGGCGCUCGAAUCCUCGCCUUCGCACCAGGAUGCGUUCCUCCACCUCAUGAUGCGCGUCAUGAACUUUGUCAUGGACAAGCUCGGCGCCAAGGGCGUAUUCCAUAACACGUUGCUGUUCAGCGGCCGUUUCUUGGCAUUCGCGUUCUUCCGCAUCCCGCACGUGGGUGGGCAGCUAGUGGGCGUGUUGCAGCCGCCGCGAGGCGCGCUCAUGCGCUUCACGCGUCCCGUCCUGCUUGGGCGAAAGGUCCCGCCGGAGGCGCAGCCCGUCUACCCGGCACACCUGCAGGGUCUUUGUUUUGACGACUCGCAGUCGUACACUCGCCGCCUGCUCACGCUCGACCCAGACUUUGACUCGGCAGCUGAGAAGGAGGCGUUUCACUUCCAACCCGGAAACUGGCUGCGUCGAUGGCAGUCGGACGACUCCGAACUCUUCCCCGCGUUCUACAGAGCGUACCACAAGCAACUCGCGCUGUACCUCGCGCCAGCCAUACUGUACUACCAACAACAGCGGCGGCCGAUCCCGGCCAGUGUGCUACUCCGCGCACCCGGUUACGCCCACCUCGCGACCAUCUUCUCGAUCAAGUGCCACUCGUACAUCCUCGGCUCCGUUAACGCGGUCACUACGUCGUCGUCGACGCAGCACUUUGACGCGACCGAGUCUGCGGGCUUCCGAGGUAGCCAGAAGCCCGCGGUGCUGGAGACGGCCAAUCGCCGCCUCGUUGAGACAUUGUGGAUGUUCGCAUCCGCGCCGAUCAAUGUGCCAACCCGCGAUAACAUGGUCAUACAGUGCGAGGGCUCGCAGCUGUGGGGCGAAAUGGUCGACCUGUGGACCAAGAACCUCAUUUCCAAAACAAGUUUGUACGCGCCCAAGGGUGUGUUCUGCCUCUUCGAUCUGCUCGACGGCCUCGUCGACCCAAUUCAGUGGGGCGACGUCCACUCGCCGCUGGACGUGCCGUACCUUAUCGGCCUGUUCCGCCUCGCUCUCAACGAGGCCGAGCACGCGCUCACGCUUGUCAAGGUUAUCGCCUUCGUGUUCACUCACUGGGAGAUCCUCACCGCGCGGCCAGAAGACCGGCGCGAGCUGUGCAUGGACAUCCUGCUCGACAAGAAGUUGUUUGAGCGCCUGCUCCUCUUCUGGUCGCAGUCGGUGCGCAGCUACGUGUUGCGCUUGGUAGUAUUCCGACUCGGUCACUUGCAUUCGACGAAGGACGACCCCGCCUCGUACGAGGUGGAGAUCCAGUCGGUCCGCCUCCUCCAGCAGCGCCUCGAUCGUAUCAAGAAGCGCUACGACGAGCUCGAGCCACAGCAGUCGCCCGAGAUCCUCGACAACGCGUCCUUGCCGCCUAGAACCCCGACGACACCGGGCCUGCCGCGCAGUCGUUCCACUAUAACAAUGGUGACUGACUCGCCGCAGGCGCCGACUCGUGCCGAAAGACUCUUGGCCAAGGAGGAGGACGAGGGCAAGUCGAAGAGCAAGUGGUGGAAGCGGACUCUCGGAAUCCAGAAGAAGCCAAAGGUCCCUUCGCCCAAGCCGCCUUCUUCGCCGAGCAUGCCCGACACCUCGCCUGUGGUCAGGUCGCCGAGACUUUCCACAGCGUCCACCGGAUCCAACGGGAGCGGCUCGCCCCACACUGCGUCCAGCAGCUCGCUUCCGGCGCAGAAGAACAUCCCUGCGCCGCCAGGUGUGCGGAAGGCGGAUGCGGGGAGCUCGCCGCGAUCUACGCUAGGUCCGAGCUUGAUGCCACCCGAGGUGGGCAUGGGAGGGGGAGGUGCGAACUCACCGACCUCUCCUUCGUCUCCAUCAAACUUUAUCGUUCGGGGCGCGCGCAAGUCGCCACCCCCCAACAUCUCGACUGAGGGUGGGCCGAAGCCACACCUGCGGGCGAUCCAGGACGCCAAGGCACAGUUCGCCUUUGAGUUUGAGCUGCCUACGGCGUCACCACUGAGUGACACUUUCGAGGCGAGCAACCCGACGUCGCCGCGGCGCAACUCGCAGCCGCCCAGCCCGCGUGGCGCGACCAGUCCGCACAUGAGCCAUUCGUUCUCGAAGCGCUCCUCCCUGCUCCCGCCAAGCACGGAGAAGGCGCUCGAGGCGUACGGGCACUCGACGCCCAAGAUGACGGCGCGCGACCGCGACCCGGGAUAUCCGGUGCGCCUGCAUGCCUACGCGAUUAGGAUGCUUGCGGAACUGGAGGAUGCGCAGAAGGAGUACGACGAGUGGUGGUCCGAGGGCGGUAUCGGCAAGGUGGACGGCGCACCGCCGCGCCUUGCUGUCGCCUGGCCUUUCCACGAGGGGGAGGACUAGAAGAGUGUACGAGUAUCUAAUGGCCGCUGGGGCCGUCGGCAUCGGCAUGUAUGCCUCUAUACCUAUGUUAGUCGGGCUCGGCCCAUGCAUGUCCGAGUAUUCUGC